AUGGAUUCUGGUUUGAAGAGGAAGGACACCACCAAGGGUCCGCCCCUUCGGAUCCUGUCGCUAGAUGGCGGCGGUGUCCGGGGCUACAGCAUGUUCAUUAUCAUCCAGGAGAUCAUGCACCGAACCUUUGUCGAGAUCGAGGGGCGCGCGCCAAGACGCCACGAGAUCCCAAAACCAGCAGACCAUUUCGACCUCAUCGUCGGCACUGGAACAGGCGGCUUGAUCGCCCUCAUGCUGGGCAGGCUGCGCCUUGACCUGGAAACUUGCAAGCAACUUUAUGUGCGCCUCACACGCAUGGUCUUCGAGACCGACAAGACCAUCCUCGGCAUUCCCACCCACGCUACCCUGUUCAAGGCCUCGAGGCUCGAGGAGGCUAUCAAGGACGCAGUGUCCGAACACACCACAUCCGAGUCGGAGGGCGACGACGGAACCUCGGUCCACAGCCCUCUGAGCUCGCAUUCUAGGGCGAGCGCGCAUUACCCACGGAGGCACGCCAGCAAUGCAAGCGUGGUCAGCUUCAGCAACAAGAGCCCCCAGGCCCAGAUGGCCCGGCCCUACUACUCCGGCAGGGGCGGUGGUGAUCCCAACGCGCGCCUCUACGACGAAAGAGAUUACCGAACUAAGACUGCUGUGACGGCUGUGUACAAAGGCGCAUCUAGCAAAAAUACAGAUGUUGUCUUGCUGAGGUCAUAUGACUCGAGGAGAGAGCCUGCCCCGGAGUUCGACUGCAAGAUUUGGCAGGCGGGGAGAGCAACUUGUUCUAUUGGGCUGGCAUUCAAGCCCAUCCAGAUUGGCCAGACCGUUUUCCAUGAUGAUGGCGACGGACGUUUCAACCCGUCCCCAGAAGCCCUCGACGAAGCUGUUGUUAAUGAGUGGCCCGGACGGGAAGUCGGCGUAUUUCUCAGCAUAGGAACAGGGAAGAGACCAAAGGGCAGCGACACAAACAAGGCAGAAUGGUACGAAGGCUUCAUUGGUGGCUUUGCCGAAGCCAAGCGGAGACUUAUCGCCAAAAUCGAAGGCUGUGAAAAGACUCAUGAGAUGAUGAAGAAGCAACACUUGUCGGACAGAGGAGUCAAUCCCGAGGUGUACUAUCGCCUAAACGUGGAGGUGGGCGUCGGGGAGUUCGGAAUGAACGAAUGGAAUCGGUUAUCGGAUAUCAGCACGUCGACGAGGAUGUAUCUCGGGAGGAAAAAGGAGCAGGGUAUGGUCCAGGACGCAUCCGCGAAACUGGCCAAGAUUCACCGUGCGAAGCAGCGACUUGAGCGACUCAGCGCGGAACCAGACUUGCAAUACAAGCUGCCCGAGUUUGACAUCUCAGCACCACUUGCCGUCGAGCUGCCUGCCGAGAUACCGGAGAAGUCAACCCCUGCCGCCAUCCGUCCACGGCUCGCCUCAGCCGACAGGACGUCACCGAGAGUCACCGCCAUCCAGCGGUCACAGGCCGCCCUCAGCCCCGCCGGCUUCUUCAGCUCUACCCAGUGA